AUGCACGGUAAUCACGUGCUGUUUUCUCUCUCUUGCUCAUCUUUCUUCCCUCCAUUCAUCUUGUGCUUGGCCGUCCAUCGAGCUCUGCAUCCACAUCUUCGUCCGCUCAUGCUUGGAGCGCUCGCCUGCCGCGGCCGUAUGGCCCACCUCAACGUCUACCACCGUUCCUGGCGGCCAAUCGUGUCGCGUUUGGCCUCCGUCCGCUGCAACCACGUCGACACCGGUACCCUCGACUUUGCACGCCGCAAUGCGGCCAUCGCACGCGAACCAGACCGUUUCUACCCGUCGCUAUCGCAGCUGCCGCCGCCCACCACAUCCGUCGCGCACUUCCUCGACCGCUACGCGAACCUCGACGCCGACCGCCCCGAGAACCAAGAGUGCGUACGCGGCCGCAUCGUGUCCGUGCGCACGCUGGGUAAAAACAUGUCUUUUGUCACCCUGGAGGCGGCAGCACGCCGCGUCCAGCUCAUCCUCAAUUACAACGUCAUGGCAGCGCACUCUCCCGGGCUGACGCGUGCGCAAUUCGCCGACACCGCUGCUGCACUUCGUCCCGGCGAUCACCUGCAAGCAAGUGGGUUUCCCGGCGUGUCGCAACGUGAGCGCACGCUCUCGCUCAAAUGCACGACCCCAGUAGUGUUGCUCGCGCCCGCUACCCGUCCACUCCCCCCACGCCUCGAAGACCCCAUCAAGCGCGCGCAAAACCGCGUCCUCGACUACCUUGUCAAUGGCCACGAAACGUUGCGUUUGCGCGGUGCAGUACUGCGCGCGCUGCGCGAGUUCCUCGAUGCUCGUGACUUCGUCGAGGUCGAAACGCCCAUGCUUACUGCGCGAUCCAACGGUGCUGCAGCGGAGCCGUUCGUUACGCACGCGCGUGCCAACGACACGCGGCUCGAGCUGCGAGUGGCGCCCGAGUUGUGGCUCAAACGGCUGGUCGUCGCGGGCGUCGACCGCGUGUACGAGCUAGGCCGCGUUUUCCGCAACGAAGGGGUCGACGCUACUCACAACCCCGAAUUCACCACUCUCGAGUUCUACCAAGCAUAUGCGUCUAUGUCUGAUCUCAUCUCGCUCUCUGAGCAAUUGUUCCUGCAUGUUCUACGCUCGGUCGACACCCCACGGGCUCAUCAGUUGCUAGAACAGCUGGCCUGCAACGGCAACCAAUUUCAGCGCAUCGAGUUUCUGCCCACUUUGCAACGUGAGACCAACAUCGAUUUCGAAGCGAUCGACCUUUCAAAUCCGCAUGAAAUCGCGCGUGCGCUCAAGGACAAAGACAUACACUUGCCAUCGCAUGUCAAGUCUCCACAACAGAUGCUUAAUGCGCUCUGCGCCCGUUACAUCGAAAGCAAAUACUGUGAAUCGCUCCUGCCGACCGUUAUCUAUCAUCAUCCCACCGUCAUGUCGCCGCUCGCAAAGGGCAACCCGGCAGACGGCUUGCGCACGACCAAGCGGUUCGAGAUUUUCAUAUGCGGCAAAGAGUACAUUAACGCCUACGAGGAGGAAAACUGUCCACAACGCCAGCUCGAUAAGUUUAUUGCGCAGCAAAAAUCACAUCAGCUCUAUGGCGAUAAAGAGUCACUUGCGAUUGACACGCCCUACGUUGAGGCCAUGAAGUGGGGAAUGCCUCCAAUCGGUGGAUUCGGAUUGGGUGUGGACCGGUUGUGCAUGUUACUUGCAGGUAAAGACCGAAUUGAACAGGUGUUAAGUUUCGGCACCAUCGAUGAUGUAGAUAGGCAGUAG